GGAGUAAUUUUCCAGUAAGGUAUCUUUACUUUUACUCAAGUAUGGCUUUUGGGUACUUUAUACACCACUGCAUACACCACAGACACUCGCACACACCCUUUCUCCUUUCUACUUAUUUUCUUUAUAUUUAGCCCCUAAACACGACCUAUAAACCCACAUCCACGUCUCACUGUCAUUAGUGGUUUAUAAUAACACUCAGAGUUUAAAGUGAAGACUUAACACAUUCCCCAAUAAAGACUACAAUCUGUGGUAAAGAAAUAUCUAUAUUUCAGCACUAAAGGAGGAGAGGAGAGGAGAGGAGAGGAGAGGAGAGGUUUUAACACUUCCGAUCUGAACACAUUUACAUGGCAAUCUAUCAAAUAGGAGUAAUCAUGAAGAAUCAGUAUAUCAGUGCCGUCUACCAAUCACACAAACUCUCCCUUUCAGAUGGUGGAGGUCAGACCCAGGAUGUCCUGUCCGUUCUCAGUUGUCGUGGCGAUAGACUUUGGGACGACCUCCAGUGGCUACGCGUUCAGCUUCACGCGGGACUCAGAAGCCAUUCACAUGAUGAAGCGCUGGGAGGGCGGAGACCCAGGGGUAGCCAAUCAGAAGAGCCCGACUUCUCUGCUGCUGACUCCUGAUUUGCGGUUCCACAGUUUUGGGUUUGCGGCCCGGGACUUCUACCACGACCUGGACCCAGAGGAGGCCCGGCAUUGGCUGUACUUCGAUAAGUUCAAGAUGAAGCUCCACAGCACAAGUGACCUCACCAUGGAGACAGAGCUGGAGGCGGUCAACGGACGGAGGGUCAGAGCCAUCGAGGUCUUUGCUCACGCCCUGCACUUCUUCAGGGAACAUGCUCUAAAGGAGGUGAAGGACCAGUUGUCAUCGGUGGUGGAGGGAGAAGAGAUCAGAUGGGUAAUCACCGUCCCCGCUGUGUGGAGACAACCUGCCAAACAGUUCAUGAGAGAGGCUGCAUACCUGGUACGAACACACACACACAUGCACACACUAUAUAUUGAUGAAUCCACGCAUAGAGCAAUAGAUAUGAAAGGUUACAAACUUGUUCUGGUCUGACAAAAACAGGCUUUUUUCCUACAGCAACCCACUAUUGUUAAUUACCUUGUUUUAUGAAAAGUUGAGAGAUAUAUGGUUUUGACUGAACAACGACAUGUGGCCAUCAAUGGCUGCCAGUAUUAUCGUACAUACAUGUAACUAUAAAGGCUCCUGGUUGUGUGACUUCAACUUUUCAAAAUCAGAGCCGU